GAAGAGAGAGAGUGGGAUGGAGGGAGGGAGGAAAAACGGAGCAAAGGGUGGGAGGCAAGAAAAAAUGUGCCAGUACCCUAAAAAAAUAAAAAACAAAAAAAAACUCACAGUGAAAGGUUACUGGCAAAAUCCCCAUAUGACAGGCAUUUUGAUGUAUUUGCUCAGGUAGCUUUUGUUUGGAUGGUUCACCAGCAGUUCUUUCAUGGCUCUGUAAUAGCUCAUUGAGAUUACUUGUAUCUGAAGAUAAUUUGUCAGGCUUAUGUAAGACUUCAUUUAAGGGGCAUUGCCUUGGCAUGCAGACAGCUUCCAGACCUUACACACCAGCAAAAACAUGUUAUCUGAAGAGCACAAUAAAACGAAGUAAAUGCAUUGCUAGGUACCCUGGCAGUAAGAAGGCAGCUCUAUGGGACAUCUUCAGAAUCAUGCCUGCCUUUUAAAAAAGGAGGAGGAUGGGGAGGCCAUUGGAAAUUGACCCAGAAGCCUGAACCUGGAUGGCUUCAAGCCCAUGGCAACUUCAAAUCUGCGGGAUUCCUCAGCCUGAUCUCAAGCCAAAGAAACGAUUUCCAUCCUCUUUGCCGGUUACAAGCAGCCGCAGCCGUGGGGUGAACGAUUUCUCUCCGUGAUUCUGACGAUGAGGCUGGAUGGACGAGGGAGAGGGUGAGAGUUCUCAUCGACCCUGGGCCCGAGAACGCGGGUAAGGUAGUGUGUCAGGUGUUAGCUGUCCUGGCAGCCUCCUGGUGUCAUAGGAGUCCCGUUUCACUAGGGGUUUCAGUUUCCACAAGCUUUGCUCAUCUUCCUGCUGCAAGACUGGCUGCUGGCAGCAGGCGGGAGGCAUGGUGUGGAAUCCCAGAUCGAGAGAACAGUCUGGAGUGGGGAGCCGUCUGUCUGGGGAGUGUGUUCUGUGGCCAAGCCGGUGCAGUCAUGACGCCAGCCCAGCGUCAGUCAACGCGCUCAUCUAAGAUGCGUCUCAAGAAUGUAUAAUUGGGAUCGCUCAGCCACGGAAGCGCAGGACGGCGGAGUUGGGUCCCGAGCAGGUCAUUUGCUUAGAGAGCCUUCAUUCUACCUGACGUGGAAGUGGACUAGGAGCAGCUCAUGCGGAAGGCGUGGAGAUGUCAGCAGGUUCUGGAAGCGGGCAGGACGGCAGGGAGGUGUCAGUGAAAAAAAAGGUCCAGAAUGAUUACUAACCUAUGACUCCCAACAGUAUGACAGAAAAUGGCCUUCCAGCCUGGGACAAACCAAAGCACUGUCCAGACCGAGAACACGACUGGAAGCUAGUAGGAAUGUCUGAAGCCUGCCUCCAUAGGAAGAGCCAUGCGGAGCGGCGCAGUGCAUUGAAAAAUGAACAGUCGUCACCACAUCUCAUCCAGGCCACUUGGACUAGCUCGAUAUUCCAUCUGGACCAUGACGAUGUGAACGAUCAGAGCAUCGCAAGUGCCCAGACCUUCCAAACGGAAGAGAAGAAAUGUAAAGGGUACAUCCCCAGUUAUUUAGACAAGGACGAGCUAUGUGUAGUGUGUGGUGACAAAGCCACCGGGUACCACUAUCGCUGCAUCACGUGUGAAGGCUGCAAGGGUUUCUUUAGAAGAACCAUUCAGAAAAAUCUCCAUCCAUCCUAUUCCUGUAAAUAUGAAGGAAAAUGUGUCAUAGACAAAGUUACCAGAAAUCAGUGCCAGGAAUGUCGCUUUAAAAAAUGCAUCUAUGUUGGCAUGGCAACAGAUUUGGUACUGGAUGACAGCAAGAGGCUGGCGAAGAGGAAGCUGAUUGAGGAGAACCGGGAGAAAAGACGGCGGGAAGAGCUGCAGAAAUCCAUUGGGCACAAGCCGGAACCCACAGAUGAGGAGUGGGAGCUCAUCAAAACUGUCACUGAAGCCCAUGUGGCCACCAAUGCCCAAGGCAGCCACUGGAAGCAGAAACGGAAAUUCCUGCCAGAAGAUAUUGGACAAGCACCAAUAGUAAAUGCCCCAGAAGGUGGAAAGGUUGACUUGGAAGCCUUCAGCCAUUUUACAAAAAUCAUUACACCAGCAAUUACCAGAGUGGUGGAUUUUGCCAAAAAGUUGCCUAUGUUUUGUGAGCUGCCAUGUGAAGACCAGAUAAUCCUCCUCAAAGGCUGCUGCAUGGAGAUCAUGUCCCUUCGUGCUGCUGUGCGCUAUGACCCAGAAAGUGAGACUUUAACCUUGAAUGGGGAAAUGGCAGUGACGCGGGGCCAGCUGAAGAACGGGGGUCUUGGGGUGGUGUCGGACGCCAUCUUUGACCUGGGCAUGUCACUGUCUUCUUUCAACCUGGAUGACACUGAAGUAGCUCUCCUUCAGGCGGUCCUGCUAAUGUCUUCAGACCGCCCAGGGCUUGCCUGCGUUGAAAGAAUAGAAAAAUACCAAGAUAGUUUCCUGCUGGCCUUUGAACACUAUAUCAAUUACCGAAAACAUCAUGUGACACACUUUUGGCCAAAACUCCUGAUGAAGGUGACAGACCUGCGGAUGAUUGGAGCCUGCCAUGCCAGCCGCUUCCUGCACAUGAAGGUGGAAUGCCCCACGGAACUCUUUCCCCCAUUGUUCUUGGAAGUAUUCGAGGAUUAGACUGACUGACUUCAUUCUCAUAAUUCCUACAGCACUACUGGGUGUCAUUUCAUUCCAUUGCCUAGAUCUUUUUUGUUUGUUCCUUUGUUUCUUUGUGUUGGGAGGGACUGUUUGGGGGUAAAGGGAGGUAGUCCUUAGCAUAGACAUGGAUGAAAUUGCCCCUUGAAUGCGGGUACUUGUAACUAUUGCAUUUUGUUCUCCUGUCCUUUGAUGUGAAUGCUUUGAAGAUUUUACAGUUGUGGAGGUAGGAUGGGGACAAUCAUUAAUUCACCAGCACCAAGCCAUCACCAGCUCCCAUCUGUCCCUGGUCAGAGACUGAAGCAAGCAAAAUGGUGUGGCAGAAGACUAACGAAGCCUUAAAACCAAGAUAAUAUGGUCAUCUGAAUCUGGUCCUGAUUUUUGCAGGGCUCAAAUUAGUAUGGUGCAAACCACCUUUGGUUAGAUGUGGCUUUCAGCUUUCUAGGGAAAGGUCUGAACUGGUUUUUAUCUAUUCAAGAGCAUGCUGUUUUCAGCACUCUUCAUUCUCUCCUAGCAGCAUAACUUGGAAUGUAUAGAAAUAUUUGUUCCUCAAAAAUCAGCUGUCCUUUCACUCUAAUUUUUAUAAUCCUAUGAUUUCAUUCAAGUUAUACAAGGGUGUGACUCAAAGAUGUGCAGGUAUCUGACUGACGGAGGCCAACAAGGGAAACAAUUUUCCUCAGCAAGCCCAAAGAAAUUAGAAAGCUUCAUUAAUGUCAAUGACUCAACAGUUUCCAAAAAUCCACAUGGUGUUACCUCAGAGUAGAAAGGCUACUUUACAGUUUAGGCUCAGAGAAAAUUUCUACCAAAAUCAAACCGAUUUACAGAGUGUUGUCACUUUUCAAUGACAUCUGAUCUGUCAUCUCUCAAACUUCUGAAGUUGUUUAAUCCUGACUGCAUCUUUGCUGAGCUGACAACAUAUUUCCCUCUGGAUUAAAUCUUCUAAUCAAGGAGAGAUAACAAGCUGAAAUUUGAGUCUUGUUCUGGAGGAAUUCUGAGAGAUAAGUAUGGUGCAUUCUGAGUUGAAGGAAGUGCAGUGUUCUGAGAGUCUCUUCAUGUGCUGAUGGUUCCCUUUGGUCUUAGAUCCUCAAGCUCUUUGCUCUACAAAUAAAUGUUACCUAGUCCCCUUUUCCCUCUGACUCUCAGGCUUGACUAUCACUGAACAAAGACUAGUUUGACCACUGACCCCCCCGUCCCUCCUAGAGCAUUGCCCUGACAUAUAUUUCACAGAAGAUACCUGCAGACCAUGUACAUGAACACUCACCUUCCCUGCCUCCCUCCUCCCUGAUGACAAACACUGUAGUAGGUUGUGCCCAGAAAACCCAAGAUGAUCCCUGAUCAUUUCAACUUAAAAAAUGGGCAAAGAAUGUACCCAUGCAAUUGAAUGUAUCUUGUUCUUCACUGGCAUAGUAGACAUGAACUACUCCUUUACCUGCCUUGAACUGCCUUAUCCUGGAAAUAUUGGGGAAAAUAAGCCAUAUCAGUGAGAUUUAACUAAAAAACAAAAAAUUAAAAAAAAAAAAAAGGGAAUGCAAGUCACUGUGAAAACCAAGUGGACUAACUUUUUUAACUUGCCCAGAGUCAGGGUGCCUGAGUUCUAGUUUGUACUCAGUCAGCUGGUGGAUUUGUGACCUUUGGUCUUGGUUUUCUCACCUGGGAGAAAGUCAUGAACUUUAAAAUUUUUCUCAUUCUUAAUAUUGUACUAGUUUGGGGGCAGGGGAGGGGGGGUAUCUGUUCCUUUUUGAUGGUUUCUUUCAUAUUCAAAUUUCUAGCUUUAUUAAACAGAAAUUAUGGCCCUCAACAGUUAGGGAAAGCAUAUUUGGUGUUGAGUCAAAAUAAGAAUUUGAUAUACUAUUUAUCAACUGUGUAGAGAAAGGCAGGAUGGCAUUGGAAAAAGGAGAGGAACAGCACUGAAAAACUUAAGUAUGACUGGGAAUAAUCUGGAAGGAAAAAGAUAUGUUUCAUACACGAAAGUGAUAAUACUGGCUUCAGAGGAAAUAAGAAUAUGGCCAUGGAACUAGCUGAGCAAAAAAAGGAAGUAAGGGAAGAGAUUAAAAUUAUAAACAUGAAAUUCAUGGGCAGAUUACCUGCUUUGACUUUAUCUAUAGUUUGUUUUGUUUUGUUUUCUCUAAGGCAGCCUCUAGCCAGUCUCCUGAAGUCCUUGCUUUGUUAGAAAUCCAUCUCUCUCUGUUGACUCUCCUUGGAGAAGUACUCUUUGAAACAUAAUGCUGAAUUACCUUCUACACUCAAGGGUAACUCUGAAAAACUCUGUGGUGAGAGGCAAGUUUUCUCUCAGAAGGGAAUGAGAGGAAGGUGAGCAGGAGGGGGUAGUGGAGGGUUCACAGACCCGUUGAGCAUCAAGCCUUCCCUGGGAAAGUUACCUCAAUUUGUUUGACAGAGUUUCUGUAGUACAUGAGACACACCCAGAUUCAAAUAUAAGUACAGAGCCUGAUUUAAGGCUAAAUCUGAUGCUUUGGGGAUUAACCAUGACUAGGCAUUGGCCAAAUGAUACAGUACAUCUACAAUAAUCCACCCAGCCUCAAGUAAAUUUAUGUUUGAUCCUCAGUUCCCUGUAUGACUGCCUUAAAUAGGCAAACUGCUGAUCUAAAACUCUUGUUGUAGGCCAAAUACUUUAUGCUGAGCUGGACACUCCUUAAAGUACUUCAGUUUGAAAGAAAGGCUGUAAAGACUCAAAGGAUCAUGACCCUGGGGUCGAAAUGAUUCAUUCUUCUGUAACCAGUUGAGGUGCUUAGUGCAUCUCAAGACUCCAUCUCAUAAAACUCAAUCAGGAGGGAUUUACCCUGGAUUUCUUUUUUUCUUUUUUUUCUUUUUUUCUUUUUUUUUUUUUUUUACAUUUUCUCUUAUAUUGUCCGGGCUUUCAUAUCAAGUGUGGACCUGAUUGAAACCCCUCACAGAGGGGAGACAUCCCAGUCAAGGAGAACACACCUGUACAACUGGGAUUCUUAUUUAUAAAUCACUUCACUUUGGGGGAUGAGUGUUGUGGGUGUCUGUGUGUCUGUGUGUGUGUGUGUGUGUGCGCGUGCGCGCGUGUGUUUGUAAUCCUCAAGUGUACUUUGCUCUUCAAUUUAGAUGUGCAGUAUUUCCAGAAAUAGUGAAAAAAAAUAAGAUCUUUUCUUCUUUAUGAUUCUGCUCAAAACACCACGUGCUGCCUCAGAGCUUUUUCUAGUCAAAUGAGCCUUGGUCCUCAAUGACGUGCUUGCCGUGUUGAUGCCUCAGCCCAGUGAUACCCCCUCACCUGUGCCCCAAGUGACACCUCUUCCAUCUGCAGCGCAGUCAUCGGUCAUCGGGGUGGACCGCCAGGCUUGGCUCUGCUCCAGCAACGCCAUUCUCAUUGCUCUUCUGUGGACAGGUGCCCAAGUCUUGGCACCUCCACAACACUAAGCCCCCAAGAGACUCAGCCUCCACGGAACUGCUGAGAACCCUCAAAGCAUGUCAUUGUCAGUGAUCCAUUUUUAUUCUCUGGAACUCUAACCUAUUUGUGUCAUAUUGACCUUUUGAUGCAUGAGUCAUAAAUUAUGAAAUCGGUCUUAUGGUUUUUGAAAUGUAGCCAGCAUUUGUAAGGCUAAACCUUUUUCACAAACUGAAUUUAAGUGAAUAACCAAGCCGCAGUUCUUCUCUCAAAGGAGAGUGCUUACAGACAUUUGAAUCUCUUUGCCCUUUCCAACAGCUAUGGCAUCAGGUUCUAAAAUAAGCUUGUAAUUUUUCCUGUUAUUUUAAUAAUAUGGAAAUAUUAGCAUAGUGUUUCUUUUGAUAGUGAUAGAUUAUAAUCCAUAUUUAAAUUUUAUAGAGAAGAAAUUUUAUUGUACUGUGAUGUAGAUAUUUAUUAUCCAGGUAAGGAUUUGCCCGGUGUGUAUUUUUUACAAUUGAAACAUUUUACUUUAAUCUUUAAAAAAAAAUACAUUAAAAACAGACACACACACACACA